AACUAAUCACAAAUAGUCAAAGACAGGGAACUAGUUGACCAUAAAAAGUGUAAUAAAGCGCGUGAGAUUUUCCUUAUAAAUAACAACGUUUCAUCGUUCUUCCUCUUCGAUCCAAUCCCUCUCUCUUUCUCUCAGACAACAUCAUCAAAUCGAUCUUCUUCAUUCUCAAGAAAAGAAGACAAAAACAAAGAUGACAGAUCUUUAUGUUUCUUUAUUCAUCUCAAAUUAUUCUCCAACUCCGAUUCAAAAAGUCGUCUCUUUGGUCUCUCGAACGGGAAGAGAUUUACAACGCUACGACACAACUGGUUAUCGUCAGGUCGUCGGAUGUAUACCGUAUAGAUACAAGAACGAUGGAGAGAUUGAAGUUUUGUUAAUAAGUGCACAGAAGAAAGGGAAAGGAAUGUUAUUACCAAAAGGUGGUUGGGAGAUUGAUGAAUCUAUUGAAGAAGCAGCUUUGAGAGAGACCAUGGAGGAAGCUGGUGUUACGGGACAUCUCGAAGAGAUACUAGGGAAGUGGCAAUACAAGAGUAAAAGACAUAACAUGGUUCACGAUGGUUACAUGUUUCCUAUGCUUGUCAACGAGCAGUUUGAGCAAUGGCCUGAGUCUGGUUUCAGACAAAGGAAGUGGGUUUGUUUGUCUGAAGCGUUUGACUUGUGUCAGAAUUGGUGGAUGAGAGAAGCUUUGGAAGUAUUCAUUGACCGGAAAUGUCUAUGAUCAUAUUGGAAUUGAUGGAUACAGAAAAGACUUUUGAUUGUUCUAAAGCUUUCAUUGGGAGCUUUUGAAGAGCAGAUCAUGUUUGAAGUCUUUUGAUUUGAUUUAUUCAUUUGUUAGAUAGGUGUUUAGAUAGAAAGAUUCAUUCUUAAUUGUUUGAAUUAAUGUUUGGCUUCAUAUAAUCUGUAACUGUGUAUAUAUUAUAAAUAAAUUGGAUUAUCAAUAUUUAUAAAUGGGAAAUUUAUAAAUGGG